UAGGUAUGAUCUCGUGAAACCUUGAGAGAAACUGAAUGACGAAUGAAACUAUUGUUCCUGUUUCACACAGAAGAAAACUGAGGUUAAAAGGGUUCCUGUCCCAUGACCAGGGCCAGCUCACCAAGGAGCUGCAGCAGCACGUAAAGUCAGUGACAUGCCCAUGCGAGUACCUGAGGAAGGUUAUCAAUACUCUGGCUGUCUAUCGUCAUCGUGAGACUGACUUUUGUGGAGGAGUUCGAGACCACCCUGGCCAACAUGGCAAAACCCCAUCUCCACAAAAAUUGGAUAAUUUGAUAAUUAUCAUUAUUGAGUUUCUGAGACCUUACACAUUUACCAUUCUCUUCUGCACAAAUUACCUUUGUGUGUCUUUCCUGAAGACUAUCUUCUGUUCUCGAAAUGGACAUGAUGGAUCCACGGAUGUACAGCAGAGAGCCUGGAGGUCCAACCGACGUAGACAGGAAGGAAAUAAAAUUGGCCUGAAAGACGUCAUUACUCCAUGGAGAAAUGUGGAAAGAAAAUUUAGAGCUAAAAUCCGUAAGAGGAAGGUGACAACGAAAAUCAACCAUCAUGACAAAAUCAAUGGAAAGAGGAAGACCGCCAGAAAACAGAAAAUGUUUCAACGUGCACAAGAGUUGCGGCGGCGGGCAGAGGACUACCACAAACGCAAAAUCCCCCCUUCUGCAAGAAAGCCUCUUUGCAACUGGGUCAGAAUGGCGGCAGCGGAGCAUCGUCAUUCUUCAGGAUUGCCCCACUGGCCCUACCUCACAGCUGAAACUUUAAAAAACAGGAUGGGCCACCAGCCACCUCCUCCGACUCAACAACGUUCUAUAACGGAUAACUCCCUGAGCCUCAAGACACCUCCCGAAUGUCUCCAUCGUCCCCUUCCACCCUCAGUGGAUGAUAAUAUCAAGGAGUGUCCUCUUGCUCCACUUCCACCCUCUCCUCUUCCACCCUCAGUGGAUGAUAAUCUGAACGAGUGUCUCCUUAUCCCUCUUCCACCCUCUCCUCUUCCACCCUCAGUGGAUGAUAAUCUGAACGAGUGUCUCCUUAUCCCUCUUCCACCCUCUCCUCUUCCAGCCUCAGUGGAUGAUAAUCUCAAGACUCCUCCCUUAGCUACUCAGGAGGCCGAGGCGGAAAAACCACCCAAACCCAAGAGGUGGAGGGUGGAUGAGGUGGAACAAUCACUGAACCCCAAGAGGCGGAGGUUGAGUAAGCUGAGAACACGCCAUUGCACUCAAGCCUGGGCAAUAAGAAUAAAUCCGUGGGUCGAAAAAAAGAAAAAAAUCAAAAAAUAAAACAAAACCCACACUCCAAAAACAAACUAACAAAGAAUAAAUAAAUAAUAUAAAAAUAAAAUAAA